AUGGCAUCUCGACCGGCUUUACAGCUAAUGAUUAUUCCUCACCGGCCAGUACCCUCGGACGACGAAAUCAACAGAGAUUUAGCACCAGCGUUUGAGAUUCUACAAAAAGUAGCGGGACUGAGAGCGAUAUGGAGGGGCGAGAAAUUCGAAGAUAGAUAUACACAAGUCGCACUCCUUCUUUGGGACAACUUGGCCGCCAGCCAUGCCUUCUUCACUGGCCCUGCUUACGCCGAAUUCCAUAAGGCUGUUCAACCCGCGAUGAAUGGCAGGCAUGUUGAGUGGCAGAACCACGUCUUGAUUGACACAAGUGGCGAGGAUACGUUGGAGCACCUAAGAAACGUUCUCGAAUCCCCUGCAAUUGAGGUUGCUCUGACCAAGGUUGUGGAGGGCGGGGUUUCUGGUUAUUACUCGCAAUUCAAGAAGUUCGUCACGGGUGUGCUACACAAUGACCCUGGAUGCGAUGGAUUCUUUAUCAGCCCUCUUAUUGAGAAUCCUCAGAACCAAUUGCUUCUGAUUAAUUGGAAAUCCGUUGAUGCUCAUCACGAGAUCUUUGAGAAGACUCCUGGAUUCAAGGUAUGUAUCGACGCUCUCAAAGAAUAUUACGCAGUGUUUGUCGUUCCCUGGCACAUCACGAAACUUAAACUCGCAAAUGGGGGCCUUUGA